AUGAAAAUAAGAAUUGGUAUAAAUGGUUAUGGACGUAUUGGACGUUCAGUACAUAGAGCAUCAUUAGAACGUGAAAAUAUAGAAAUAGUACAUAUAAAUGAUCCAUUAAUGACACCAGAAUAUAUUAAAUAUCUACUUAAAUAUGAUACAAUUCAAGGUAAAUUACCAUACGAAUUGGAAACAUUAGAUAAUAAUUUAAUAUUAAAUGGACAAACUGUUAGAUUAUCAUUUGAAAGAGAACCAGAUUUGAUUCCAUGGGGAAAUUCAUCUGUUGAUAUAGUAUUGGAAUGUACUGGACAAUUUAAAAGUAAUGAAAAAGCUAGUCUGCAUCUAAAGUCUGGUGCUAAAUUAGUUAUAAUUUCAGCAAUAACAACAGAUACUCCAAUAUAUGUUUAUGGUAUAAAUCAUACGAGUUAUAAUAAAUCUGUACGUGUAAUGUCUAAUGCAAGUUGUACUACAAAUUGUCUAGCACCUGUAGUUAAAGUAUUACAUGAGAAUUUUGGUAUUGUUGAAGGAUUAAUGACUUCAGUAUGGCCAAAUAUGGCUAGACAAAAUAUUGUAGAUGGUACUACAAGAGAUUUUAAACGUUCUGGUCGUUGUGCUAUUACUAAUAUUGCACCAUUAACAACACCAGCAGCUGAUGCUAUAGGUGAAAUUAUCCCUAGUCUAAAGGGUAAAUUAAAAAGUAUGACAUUUUUUGUACCAACACAUGCUGUAGCAGUUGUAGAUUUAACUGUAAAACUUUCUAAACCAACAAAAUAUGAAAAUAUUGUAAAAGUAAUUAAAGAAGCCGCUGAUGGAAAUUUAAAAGGUAUUUUAGGUUAUACAGAAGAUGAAGUAGUUUCUUCCGAUUUUAUGCAUGAAAGUUUGUCGAGUAUUUUUGAUAUUAAUGCUGGUAUAGCACUUAAUGAUACUUUUGUUAAAUUAAUCUCUUGGUAUCAUAAUGAAUGGGGAUAUUCUAAUCGAUUAUUAGAUCUUUCUAAUUAUGUAUACAAACAAUUUAAUUCUUAA